AUGUGCUAUUUUGACCAGACUCUCUGGCAGUGUGGCUUUUGGCGGUGGGGUCGCUUUCGAGAGCACUGCGUGAAAGAAUAUCGGACAGAGGAAUAUCGGGCAGGGGAGAUUUGCGGUUUGAUGUUGAUAUUCCAAACUAACUUCAAAGAGGGAACCUGCAAGCUCUGCAAGGAUAUAGAGGAAGAACAGGAAAGAUAUAAUAAGCUCGAAGAUGAUAUACUCCGAUGGCAAUCGGAGGGUAAUCGAGAUGAGGCUAUCGAGAAGGCAGUAAGGGAUAUGGCUGAGGCCGGAAACACCAUCUUCUCGAUGCGGUCGAAGCACUGGACUCGUCAGAACAGUUUUGACGCUGAUACCAGUGACAUCGAUGAUACUGACGAAGAAGGUCCACAGCCGCUCGAUACCAUCUUGAUAAGUCCUUUCGCCCCAACCACCAGUCAAUGGAUGCCCACGUCAACGACACGUUCAGAAGAUAUCCCGAGCACAACAGCCGAGCUGCCACAAGCCGAGCCCGACGAGACAUUAUUGGGGGCCGCGGUGUCUUCUGAAUCGCAUAUAAUGACUGAAGAUGGCCUCACCGUUAAUGCCCCAAGCGGCUCAUUGAGUCCCAGCAGCUCAGUGGACUGGCUAAUGGACGAUCCCGAAAGCUUCUCUCCUAACCUAUCGCCAAGCCCGGUGGCUUCUAAUCUUUCUAGAUCGCGACGUGGCUCCUUCUCCUUCGAAAUGCCCACUGCAAGGAUUCGAUAUUUGUCUCCAUCGUCACGUGCUAACGUCUUUGAAUUCGUACGACGCUUGAAAAAAGACUUGACAUGCGCAUUAAAGGUUGAUAAGUUGGAUGAGCGGACCCUUGAAGAUCUAUCGCUCAUUCUCCCGGAUCUUGUCAAGGUAUCUUUGAUCAUGAUGCCUCGCGAUUUCGCAACACUGGUGUUCCGUGAUAUCAGCGAUUUUAUCCUCGAUGACGUAUGCUUCUUUUGGCGUAUGGUUGAAACGCCCCAUGAAAGCAAUAUCACCGCUCCCGACGAGUCUACCGAUCAUCGCAUCAAUCUGAGUGUCGAUGAUAAACUCGAAAUUUCUCAUUCGAGUGCUUCAGAUGACCAUGUCACUCGAGGGACUAACAGUACAGCUGUCGAUGCCAUAUACCACGCGAUUGCAGACUUGAACAUACCAGAUGAGUUUUUUCCCAAUAUGGAGUCCACGGGAGCAGCUUAUUCAUAUCGUUGGCUCGUCCAACAAUUGUUGAUAAGAUGCAGACUUGUCACAGCAGAGCCGAAAUCAGUAGAGGCUAUUUCCCGAAGUAUCGCCUCUUGCGUACCACCAAGCAGCAUCCUUAACUCAGAAGUUCAGACAAUCUUGUUUUAUUUUGACUGGGACCUAAAGGGCUUUAUGGAAAACCAGUACCGUGAAGCGCAAUCAUCUGCUGCAAUUGGGCGGGUCAUCACUCUCACCGGCUCAUGUCAAGACGCACAAGCAUUGACUUGUGCUCAAUAUCUUGAGCAGACAUGGCCAAUGACAGGCAAAGUAACAUUACAGUUGAUAAUGGAUCUGCUUGACUCGCGGCCGGGUGCCACGGUCGCUGGUAAUUAUGAUGAAGGGACUACGAUUCAAGCUGAAUUCUUUGGGCAGAACUUCAUGGCAACAGUCUCUGGCAUUCAACCCACAAUCAUAGAGAUCGGUGAACAACUCUCGUGGCUUGGCGCUGCUCUCAGAGAAUCUGGUCGCACAAAUGGACUUACACAAUGCAUUCCAACCAUUGAAGAGCCGCAUUCCAACACGCACCUAUCGGCCUUCCGAGACGAGAUUCGUAUACAAAUCAAAUUUCAUUUGCACGAUGUGGAGGACUUACGACCGCUUCCUCCUGGUUGUUGUUGGCACAAGAUGUUCAAGAACCCAGUUUUAGUCAACGGGUUUCCCAUAUCACGCAAGACUGAACCGCAGACAGGCUUGGAGACACCCCUUGACAUGAUGGCAGCGUUAGCAGGCACCACGAGCGUGGAUCAAUUUGGUGGGACACUAUGCAUCAAAGGCUUUUCCUCCAUGGUGGUUCCCGUCAGAAGAAGCGGCGAUUUCCUCUUUUGGCACUUGAUAUACAAAGAGGAUGCUAGUCGCAUAUCUUAUCUUGACAACACGCAGCCUCCCAUUGAGGACCUUGAGCUCAAUGACUUGGAAAACUUUCGUCAUGUCCUCGGCUGGUGCUCGGACGCCAGGUUCUAUGCAGGUUCAGCCGAAGCCAAACAUCCCGUCGGCAAGUCAGCUCUUCCUGCGGUAAGCAAGGAGUCCUUGUUCGGCAGGAUUUCUCUAUACUCAGGGAGAUCAUACAUGAUUGGCGCUCAGGACAUUCCCUUGCAUAUUGCGAGGGACGGUUAUUUCUCCAAGCUCAUAUGGAUUUCUAAGAGAUUCGUGCUGCUUUGGGACGAAGAAGACAAGAGAGCUUGGCUGACUAUUGGCACGGAUGUAUUGUUGCAUCUGGUUCGUGCUUCUCUGAAAUUCGAUUCCGUCGGCGACUUCAAAGACAUUUUCAAGUUCAAGAGUGAGAAUUUGAUAGAGUCGCCAAAACCACUCAAGCCUGGUUCAGCAAUCUAUGUGCUUACUCGAGCAGAGAAUCGAAAGUUGCCGAUUUACCCCAGAGAUGGUGGUUUCGUCAAUUUCGAAGAUCGGGUUGAAAUCUUUUACAACAUUCUAGAAAAGAUUAUUGACCAUCAAGAUGAGACUUCCAGAGGUGGUCAGGUUUUGCAAAAUCAACCUUCACGCGAGCUCCAGGGGUGGGACUUUCGAGACUUGGCCACCUUGCGCGACCCGCUCUACCCACGUGUGGCAGAACUGUCAGCGGAUGGGAAAUGUUGGGUCGACUUGGUCCGGUCCAUUCAAGCUGUAACCGUUUUUGGGCGUGACUUUGGUGAAAUCAUUCUGCCAAGUACCAAAUCGCAAUGCAAGAAAUGGGCACGCUUGCCCAAGGACAAGUUCUAUCUGGCGGCCAGUAUUUCUAACCUCGAGCCUAUCCUAGAAGCCGAUGCAAGCCAGGUCAUUCCAAACCCGACAGGACUUGGUGAAAGCCUCAUUUGGUUCAACCCAAGCACUUCAAGUUCUACGCUUUGUCAGUGUGGUUGGGGCAAUUGCGACCCUGUGCAAACUCUACUUCCAAAUUCAUUCCUGGAAAGAAUACCUUCGACAGACGCUUCUAUCCCUUUCGACCGAUCGGGAGCUGUGAUAUUUGGGCAGAACUUAACGAUGCCGUGGUUCUGGAGAGGCGCUGACCCGGCCAAAGCGAUUAGUCCCUCACUGCCAGGGACUUUUGGCCAGGGCUCGGUUAGUGUCCGCUCUGGUAGAUCCAGUAGUAACAUCAUUACUGCCUGGGUGGAUGACGAAAGUCCUCCGAGGAAGCAAUAUACUGUUGCGAUACUAUGCGCGCUGUCAAAGGAGCUCAAAGCAGUUCGCAUGCUGUUUGACCAAGAGUAUCAAAAUCCUGAUAUUGCCGUCGAAGACACAAAUUCCUACGCAUGCGGCCGAAUCGGUUUGCAUGACGUGGUGACUGUGAGCCUGCCGUCAGCUACAUAUGGUACAAAUGCAGCCGCAGAUGCAGCCGUGAAUUUGAAAAGAAGCUUUCCUUCCAUUCGAUUUUGCCUUCUCGUUGGCAUAGGUGGUGGUGUCCCUUCGUUGCAGCACGAUAUCCGGCUGGGCGAUGUUGUCGUGGGUGUACCAGCAGGCAGGCUACCUGGAGUUGUUCAAUAUGACUUGGGAAAGUCUCUUGAAGGAGGAAGGUUUCAAGUAACCGGAUCUCUGAACCGACCACCAAACUUUCUCUUAACCGCCAUCAGCAACUUGACGUCUGACCCUCGUCUACCAAAAGACCCUUUGGCCACUUCCCUUGACAUCAUGGUCCAGCGCAAUUCCAGCUACGGGAAUCCCGGGCAGCAUAACGAUACACUCGGAAGAAGUAUAUGCCAAGCAUGUGAUGUAGGAGACUUCUGUGCAGAGACCGCCAAUCAUAUGGUGACAAGGGAAUACCGGGAACAUGAUCAUCCAGAAAUACACUACGGAAUCAUUGCUUCCGGCAACAGGGUGAUCAAGAGCGCCGCAGAUCGAGACCUUUUGGCCAAAGACGAUGAUAUUUUGUGUUUUGAGAUGGAAGCAGCUGGUAUUGUCAACACCCUACCGUGUCUGGUCAUUCGUGGCGUAUGCGAUUAUGCGGACUGUUCCAAGGAUAAGAAAUGGCAAGAGUAUGCUGCCGCCACGGCAGCAGCGUAUGCAAAGUUGUUGCUUGAUUAUGUUAGAGCUUCUUGA